AUGGCACGAGUUCAAGGACAGCGUGGGUGGCAGGGCAGAGGCAGCGUCCCUCCCCGACGGGCCCUGCCCUCGGCUGACACGGAGGUAGCCGAGGCUCCCGGGGAGGCAGGAGGGGGGGCACCGCAUCCGCGGUCCCAGGAAGCCGUCGGUGAUCUUCUCGGGGACGCAGGAGGCCAGGCCGUGGGGCCCCGCCAGGCCCUGAGAAAGGGGGCACCGCGGGAGCAGCCCCCUGAGGCACAGGAGGCCGCACUCAGCAGGCCGCUCUGCCUCCUGCUCUUCCUCCAGCUCGCCAAGGGAAUCAAUUCGGGCCAGGGGCUGGGCAUCGAGAUCAUUGGCACCCUGCAGCUGGUGCUCUGCGUCCUGGCCACCACGGACCGCAGGCGCCACGACAUCACAGGCUCCGCUCCCCUGGCCAUCGGCCUCUCCGUGGCCCUGGGCCACCUCCUGGCGAUUGACUACACGGGCUGCGGCAUCAACCCCGCCCGCUCCUUCGGCUCGGCUGUCAUCACCAACAGAUUCGAGCACCACUGGAUCUUCUGGGUGGGACCCUUCAUCGGCGGCGCCCUGGCGGCGCUCAUCUACGACUUCAUCCUGGCCCCGCGCAGCAGCGAGCUCACGGACCGCAUGAAGGUCUGGACCAGCGGCCAGGUGGAGGAGUACGACCUGGACAACGAGGACCUCAACUCGCGGGUGGAGAUGAAGCCCAAGUAGAGGCCGCCGCCUGCGCGGAGGAGAAGGAG